GUUUACUUGAUCAGCUGUCAAAUUUCAUGAGACAUUGUUCUACGGUUUUUUAAUUAUUUUAUCGGUUUAUAUACAUCUAUCCAUCCAUAUAUAUGAAGUAUAUAUAUUCACAUAUUUAUAUGUAUAUUAUUUACAUAUUUAUAAUUUUUAUAUCACCAAUCAUUAGUAGUUUGUCGUAUUGAUGACUAGUUAAUUUUUUUAACCCUAAAAAUUUUAAUUAUUUAUUGCAUAUAUAUAUAUGUUCCUUCAUGUAUUCAUAUAUAUACUUAUAUAGAUAUAUGUACACCAACGGCAUAAUAUUUUAAGUAACGCAUUGACCUAAGGAAAUUUUUUAUUAACAAUAAUGUUUUUAAAUAAAAUUAUUUAUAUUUAUUUAUAAAAUAAGUGAUAAUAUAUAAUUUCAAAAACACGAGAGAAUUUGGAAUGUAGUGAUGGCUGCUGGUGGAGGUGGAAGUUUUAUAAGCAAACCCGCACGAGGAUGGUUACACCCUGAUCAUUUAGUGAGCAAAGAAGGAAUCACGUAUGCUGUAAAGUAUAUCGGAUGUCUUGAAGUUUACACGUCGAUGAAAAGUUUAGAUUUUGAAACAAGAUCAUGUGUUGCCAAAGAAUGCAUUAAUCGAGUUUGUGAAGCAGCGGGUUUAAAAUCUGCUGAUAAAAAAAGAAGAGUUGAUCGUAAAGUAUUAAAAGCUAUUGCUGACAAGCCUCGCAUGGAACAUGCUGGUGACAAUAUUAAUUUAACAAUAAGCAGUACCAGUUUAGCACUGACAAGUUUGGACACUGGUCAAAUUAUUGCUAAACAUGAAAUGCCGCGCAUCUCAUUCGCUUCUGGAGGUGACACUGAAAUUCUUGACUUUGUCGCUUAUGUGGCGAAAGAUAUACAGGAAUGGAGAGCUUGCUAUGUACUUGAGUGCGGUGGGGGACUAGCUCAAGAUGUUAUUUCGACAAUUGGUCAAGCAUUUGAAUUGAGAUUUAAAGAAUUUUUAACGAAACCAUCAACUCUGCAUCCUGUAUUAAAUGGACUCAGAGAGCCAGAUCGUGAUUAUUAUAAUGAUCUUCCUGGUAAAGUUCCACCGGAUAUAGGACCACCUCCGGUACCGCCACUUCCUAUUACGGCUUCAACGCUUCCUAAUUUGAAGCAUCAUCAUUCAAGUUCAAAUUCAAUGACCUCGAAUAAUAUACAAUGUAUAUCAUCAGAUCAGUAUCCUAAUGGAAGGGGUAGACAUACUUCAGUUCAACAAUGGCCUGAAACCGGAAAUCUUAUUGAUUUAAAUUCCGAUGGUGCAACUGUGAUGCCUUUAACUCCACCUGAGCAUAAUUAUGUUAAUGAUACAGUGAUUGCUGCUAACAGAGACAGUAGAAAAGAAACUUCAUCCUUAUUUGAUGCCUUUGAUAUGCAACCAUUUAGCACAGCUAUAUCAGAACUGACAAAAUUGAGUCCAAGAUCGCAAAAACAACAAUUGAAACAAGAGGUCUGGUAUCAUGGGAGUGUCAGUAGGUCUGAGGCUGAAUCAAUGCUCACUAAAGAUGGUGAUUUUCUUGUACGAGAAUCUCAAGGUUCUCCUGGCCAGUAUGUUCUCACGGGAAUGAACAACGGGACACCUAAACAUUUGCUAUUAAUUGAUCCCGAAGGAGUGGUUCGAACAAAGGAUCGCAUAUUUGAUAGCGUUAGUCAUUUAGUUAAUCAUCAUUGCGAUAACGCCUUGCCAAUAAUAUCAGCAGACAGUGCUUUGGUACUGCGAUACCCAGUACCUCGACGUACAGAAUUUUAAUUUUGAUUCCUGUUUAAUUAAAUUUAACCAUCAGGGAGAUUAUAAGAUUUAUAAUAAAUGUAUUUAAAUUUAAAUUUGAGAAAAAAAAAGUAAUUGUAUACAAUUUAAAAGAACGUCGGAAACUUUAAGUGAUUAAAAGUCUCUUUAAAUCACUAAAAAAAAGUUUAUAUGAAGAGAAAGAGACUGCAGUUAAGGCUUUUAUAAAUCAGUGCCACAAUUUAGCAUUUGAAAAUUUUUAAAUGUAUUUUUAUUUUAUCUAAAUAUUCUUCCUGCCGAUUGAAUAUUUUUUUAACCAACUAAUUGAUCGAGUGAUUAAUUAACUGGCUAUUUAAUUAAAUAAUGAAUUAUAAAUAAUAUAAAUUAUAAUUAUAUGUAAUAAUAAUUAAUGUGAACCUUUUAAAAGUUUAAGUAGCCAUGUAGCUAAAUAUCUUCCUACUUAUAUUCGAAGCAUAAUUUUAUUUUUAUAUGUAUGUAUUUUAGAGAUCGACUAUAAUAUACAAGUUAGUAUAUUUCGAUAAAAAUAUUUAACAGAUGAAAUAUUUAAAAAUUAUAAAUUAUUAAUUUAUGUGUCAUACUAAACAAGUAUUUAAAAUAAAAAUCAUUGUUCGGAGAUUAAUUUAUGACCAU